CUUCGGUAAAUCAAGGCGAUCCAUCGAUUUCCAUUUUCGCUCGAGCGCAGACGGGCGGCCGCUUUUUUCUGUUGCUACGGGGGGGGGGAAAAAAAAAAAUCAAGCUAUUUCACCGAGUCACUUUGUUCACAUUUUAUACGUCACAUAUCCAUACGGCGGAGGAUACCGCUAUAAUGGGUGUUUUCCACGGAAGCGGACAUUGUAGCAGUUUACGUGUGUGCAGAUUCUGAUUAAAAAACACCAACAACACAUCCUGACGCCCGCAAGCUAACGUUACUUCUCCCCGCUGUCCGGUGGUGCCGCCUUGGAUAGAGUCGUCAAACGAAUAUAAAAGCAGUCUUACUUGGGAGUCCGAACUGAGCAGCAAGAAUGUCUGGGGCGUCUGUAAAAGUUGCUGUUCGAGUCCGACCCUUCAACUCCAGGGAAACGAGCAAGGAGUCAAAAUGCAUCAUUCAGAUGCAAGGCAACACUACAACUAUCCUGAACCCCAAAGCCCCCAAAGAACCAGCAAAAACCUUCAGCUUCGAUUACUCCUACUGGUCACACACCACGCCAGAAGACCCCUGCUUUGCAUCACAGAACCGUGUGUACAACGACAUCGGAAAGGAAAUGCUAGAGCAUGCUUUCGAGGGCUACAAUGUCUGCAUUUUUGCCUACGGCCAGACUGGAGCUGGCAAAUCCUACACCAUGAUGGGCAAGCAGGAGGAGGGACAGGAAGGAAUCAUUCCCAUGCUUUGUGAAGAUCUAUUUGAGAAGAUCAAUGAAGACUGCAACAAAGAGGAACUGUCCUACUCAGUGGAGGUGAGUUACAUGGAGAUCUACUGUGAACGGGUGCGAGAUUUGCUCAAUCCUAAAAACAAAGGGAACCUGAGGGUGCGAGAGCAUCCGCUGCUGGGUCCCUACGUGGAGGACCUGUCCAAGCUAGCUGUUACAUCCUACACAGACAUUGCUGAUUUAAUGGAUGCAGGAAACAAAGCAAGAACUGUUGCUGCUACCAACAUGAACGAGACCAGCAGCAGGUCUCAUGCAGUUUUCACCAUCGUCUUCACACAGAAGAAACAUGACAGCGAGACGGACCUCACCACAGAAAAGGUCAGUAAAAUUAGUCUGGUAGACUUGGCAGGAAGUGAACGUGCAGAUUCCACUGGAGCCAAAGGUACCAGACUAAAGGAGGGAGCAAAUAUCAACAAAUCUCUCACCACAUUAGGGAAAGUCAUCUCUGCCUUGGCUGAAGUGAGCAAGAAAAAGAAAAAGUCGGACUUCAUCCCUUACAGAGAUUCUGUUCUGACCUGGCUGCUGAGGGAGAACCUUGGUGGUAAUUCAAGAACAGCCAUGGUAGCUGCCCUCAGUCCUGCAGAUAUCAACUACGAUGAAACUCUCAGUACACUUCGCUACGCUGACCGAGCCAAGAACAUCAAAUGCAACGCUGUUAUCAAUGAGGAUCCCAACAAUAAGUUGGUGCGUGAGCUGAAGGACGAAGUGGCCCGACUGAAGGAGCUGCUCCGCGCUCAGGGCCUGGGAGACAUCCUGGACACCCCUAUUGGUUCCCUGACAGCUUCUCCGUCCUCUGGCGCAUUGUGCAACCAGGGGGGUCUUCAGUCGGUCACCAGCAUCCAGGAACGCAUCAUGUCCACACCUGGAGGAGAGGAGGCCAUUGAAAGACUCAAGGAAUCAGAAAAGAUCAUUGCUGAGCUCAAUGAAACCUGGGAGGAGAAACUACGGAAGACAGAAGCAAUCCGCAUGGAGAGGGAGGCCCUGCUUGCAGAGAUGGGCGUGGCAAUCCGUGAAGACGGAGGCACUUUGGGCGUGUUCUCUCCUAAAAAGACUCCACACCUGGUCAACCUGAAUGAGGAUCCUCUAAUGUCUGAGUGUCUGCUCUACUAUAUCAAAGAUGGGAAUAACAAGGUAACCAAAACCUGGAUAAUAAGACCUACAAGGGUCGGUCAGGCUGACGCUGAGAGGAGGCAGGACAUUGUUCUAAGUGGAGCACACAUCAAGGAAGAACACUGCAUCUUCCGAAGCGAAAGAAAUGCCAAUGGAGAUGUUAUUGUCAUGUUGGUGCCAUGUGAGGGAUCUGAAACCUAUGUCAAUGGCAAACGUGUUGAGGAAGCAAUCCAGCUUCGUUCAGGCAACCGCAUCAUUAUGGGAAAGAACCACGUGUUCCGCUUUAACCACCCGGAGCAGGCUCGAGCUGAACGGGAGAAAACGCCGACUGCUGAGACCCCUGUCGAGCCUGUGGACUGGACGUUUGCUCAGCGAGAGCUCCUGGAGAAACAGGGCAUCGACAUGAAGCAGGAAAUGGAGAAAAGGCUCACCGAGAUGGAAAUUUUGUACAAAAAGGAGAAGGAAGAAGCAGACCAGCUUCUGGAGCAACAACGAUUGGUUUACGAGAGCAAACUGCAGGAGCUCCAGAAGCAGGUGGAGACGCGCUCUCUGGUCGCAGAGACGCCCGAUGAGGCAGAGCUGGAGGAGGAUGAAGAGGAGGAAGUGCCGUGGACACAGCAUGAGUUUGAGCUGGCUCAGUGGGCCUUCAGGAAGUGGAGGUACCAUCAGUUCACCUCCCUGCGUGACCAGCUGUGGGGGAACGCCGUGUACCUGAAGGAGGCCAACGCCAUCAGUGUGGAGCUGAAGAAAAGAGUCCAGUUCCAGUUCGUCCUGCUGACAGACACGUUGUACUCUCCACUGCCCCCUGAACUCCUGCCCCCAGAGCCGGAGAAGGAACGCGACCCGAGACCCUUCCCUCGCACCGUGGUCGCUGUCGAGGUUCAGGACCUGAAGAAUGGAGCUACACACUACUGGUCCCUGGAAAAACUCAAGCAGAGGCUGGAGCAGAUGAGGGAGAUGUACGACCGCGCUGGAGAAAUGGCCUCCACUCACCAGGACGGCGAUGGAGAGGGAACUCUGACAGGAAACGACCCGUUCUACGACCGUUUCCACUGGUUUAAGCUCGUUGGGAGCUCUCCCAUCUUCAAUGGCUGCGUCAACGAGCACCUGGCCGACCGAACGCCCUCGCCCACGUUCUCCACCUCCGACUCUGAGAUCACCGAGCUGGCGGACGAGCGCCAGAGCGAGAUGUCGGACUUCAUAGACGACGAGGCGUUUGUGGACGACACGAGCUCGGAUGCGGGCACCGAAGAGGGCUCAGACAUCUUCAGCGACGGGCAGGACCCCUUCUACGACCGCUCCCCCUGGUUCAUCCUGGUGGGAAGAGCUUUUGUGUACCUGAGCAACUUGCUGUAUCCUGUGCCGCUUGUUCACCGGGUUGCCAUAGUUACAGAAAAGGGCGAGGUGCGAGGCUUCCUGCGCGUGGGGGUCCAGGCUAUAGCUGCUGACGAGGAGGCUCCAGAUUACGGGUCCGGGGUUAGACAGUCGGGGACUGCCAAGAUUUCUUUUGAUGAUGAAUACUUCAAAAAGACUGACUUUCCCUCUACGGUUAUGACCCGCUCCGGCUUGUCCCUGGAGGAAUUGCGCAUUGUGGAGGGUCAGGGUCAGAGCUCAGAGGUCAUCACACCCUCCGAGGAGCUCAACAGAAUCAACGACAUUGACCUCAAGCUGGGCAACAUCCCAAACGCCAAGCUGAGUCACAGUGAGGGUCUAGCAGGCCAGCUGGAGGUGGGGAGCAUCUUCACCUUCCGCGUGACUGUCCUCCAGGCCAGCGGUGUCCCACCUGAGUACGCCGACAUCUUUUGCCAGUUCAAUUUUCUCCAUCGCCACGAUGAGGCUUUCUCCACCGAGCCGCUGAAGAACACCGGCAAAGGAGCUCCGCUGGGUUUCUACCAUGUCCAGAAUGUUUCAGUGGAGGUCACAGAGUCUUUUAUUGAGUACAUUAAGAGCAAGCCCAUCGUGUUCGAGGUGUUCGGCCACUAUCAGCAGCACCCGCUGCACAUCCACGGCCAGGACCUGAUCAGUCCUCCAACACCGUCACGGAAAUACUACCCCAUCCCCAUGCCUCUGUCCAAACCAGUUCCAGCCACCAAGCUGAACACCAUCACCAAGUCGAACCUGGGUCAGUGUGUCAGCAAGUACGACCUGCUCAUCUGGUUCGAGAUAAGCGAGCUGGAGCCGACCGGAGAGUACAUCCCGGCUAUAGUGGAUCACAGUGCCGGAUUGCCCUGCCAUGGCACCUACCUUUUGCACCAGGGGAUCCAGCGGAGGAUCACAGUGACUCUUAUACACGAGAAAGGCAGCGAGCUCCACUGGAAGGAUGUUCGUGAGCUGGUUGUAGGUCGUAUCAGGAACAAGGCCGAGGUGGACGACAGCGCAGCCGACGCCGUCUUGUCCCUGAACAUCAUUUCUGCCAAGAAUAUCAAGUCAUCCCACAACACUAACAGAACGUUCUAUCGUUUUGAAGCUGUGUGGGACAGCUCGCUGCACAACUCCCUCCUUCUGAACCGAGUCACUCCAUAUGGAGAGAAGAUCUACAUGACUCUGUCUGCAUAUCUGGAGCUGGACCACUGCAUCCAGCCCGCCAUCAUCACUAAAGACAUCUGCAUGGUGUUCUACUCCCGGGAUGCUAAGAUCUCCCCGCCGCGUUCUCUCAGGAACCUCUUUGGGAGUGGGUACUCCAAAACUCCUGACUGCAAUCGCGUCACCGGGAUCUACGAGCUCAGCCUGUGCAAGAUGUCCGACACCGGAAGCCCUGGGAUGCAGCGGAGGAGGAGGAAGGUUCUGGAUACUUCAGUGGCCUAUGUGCGAGGGGAGGAGAACCUGGCCGGAUGGAGGCCCAGAGGGGACAGUUUGAUCCUGGAGCACCAGUGGGAGCUGGAGAAACUCGAGCAGCUGCAUGAGGUGGAGAAGACCCGUCACCUCCUCCUGCUGAGGGAGAAGCUGGUAGAGGCGCCUCCUGUGGGAACGACUCCCAUUGCCAAGUCCCUGAGCGAGUCUCUGUCCCCCAGCAUGAGCUCGGGGACCCUGUCCACCUCCACCUCCAUCUCCUCGCAGAUCUCCAGCGCCACUUGCGAAAGCGCCAUCACGCCCAGUGAGAGCAGCGGCUACGACUCGGCGGACAUUGAGAGCCUGGUGGACCGCGAGAAGGAGCUCGCCUCCAAGUGUCUGCGCCUGCUGACGCACACCUUCAACAGCGAAUACAGCCAGGUGGUGAACAGCAUCAGCGACUGCAAGCUGUCUGACAUCUCGCCAAUCGGACGAGACCCAUCGGUGACCAGCUUAAGCAGCGCCACCCUCACGCCCUCCUCCACGUGCCCCUCUCUGGCUGACUCCCGCUGCAGCUCCUUAGACCAAAAGACCCCAGAGAACAACUCCCGUGCCUCCAGUCCCUCCUGCUCGGACUAUGAGAACUUCCCAAUGGUUCCCACUCUGGAGAUGUCCUACCUUGCUCGGGCUGGAAAGAACGAGUUCUUAAACUUGGUGCCUGAUAUUGAGGAAAUGAGGCCGGGGUCUGUGGUGUCUAAGAAAGGUUUCCUCAGCUUCAUGGAGCCGCGCUCCAACACGUGGGUGAAGCACUUUGUGGUCGUUCGCCGCCCGUACGUCUUCAUCUACAACAGCGACAAGGACCCGGUGGAGCGAGGCGUCCUCAACCUCUCCACAGCCCAGGUGGAAUACAGCGAAGACCAGCAGGCCAUGCUCAAGACUCCCAACACGUUUGCGGUGUGCACAAAGCAUCGAGGAAUCCUUCUGCAGGCCAACAAUGAGAAAGAUAUGAACGACUGGCUGUACGCCUUUAACCCUCUGCUGGCAGGAACGAUAAGAUCGAAGCUGGCGAGGAGGCGCAGCGGCCUGAUGAAGAACUGAGUGGAGCCGAGGAACCCCCGCGGCUCUCGCUCUCUCUGAGCAGCCUUUGAUCAAACAAAGUGUUAACACUUAUUAAUCAUUGUGAGUCUUAAAGGUUUCCUCUUGUAAGUAGACUUGUGGCUUAAGUCUCUACUUUUCAUGCGACUAAACGUUUAAGCUCCGUUGAACUUUGCCUCUCCCUGGCCCAUCCCCUCCCGUCCCUCCGGCACCCCGAGCUCUUCUUCUUCUCCUCCCCCCCUCGGCUCUUUUGUGUUUUAAAUUUUUACAAUGGGUCUGAUUUCUUUCCGCUUUGUCGUCAUUCCUGAACUUCCUGACUUGUAGCAUGUCGUAGUAGUCUACUUGUGUGUGCACGGCUCUCCAAAAAAUCUAAUUUUCAGUUUGCCAAUCAUCUGUAAAAAAAAAAAAAAAAAAGGAAAAAAAAAGUCUUAUCAGUGUUAUUUGUCUCCCAAAAUAAGUUUAAUUUAACUUUUUGCUUUUUGGUUUUUGAUAACGUGCUCGGAUAAGAAGUGCAGCAGCAGUUCCCAGGGGAACACCAGGUUUGCUCCCUGAAAACAACGCAAAUUGCAAAAAAAAGAAAAAGAAGUUAAAAAUCUGCAAAUAUAUCAAAGCAAUCUCUUAGUUAUGCUCUAUUACUUACUAUUAGUAUUGCUUUCCCCUUUUUUUAUUGUUAGCUAGUAGGGAAUUGCGAAGCGAAACUUAAAAUUACAAGCGAAAUCCUGUCGAGCUCAGCACCGAAUCAUCCGUGAUGCUUGGAUCCCUCCUCUCAGCCACUGUACAUACACCGACUCCCAGGUAGUGCCAGUGUCAGUCCGAGCAUUUGUGCAAACAUUAAAAAAACAAAACUUGCUUACUGGAUAAAAAGAAACAAAAAUGUACAACUUUUGUACGGGUAGUUCCUGCAGGAGUACUUAUUUUUCCGUUUGGUGUUCCACCGUAAGAAGGACGUGAGAGGGGGAGGUACGGGAGAGAAAUAAGAGAGAGAGAAAGAGAGAACAGCUCUUUGCUUUAAAACACUGCAAUACUCAAAUCCCAUGGUAGGCUGUUCUUUCUGCUUCUACAGCUAACAUAAACCCAAACUUGGUUACUCCACUGUCACAUGUGUGUGAAACUAAAGACGCGAUUAGAAGUGAAGAAGUUGCUGGGUUGUGAGACAAAGCGAGGUGAUGAAGUUGCUCAGGCACAGCCUGAGGAGGAGGAGGAUGAUGAAACGUUCCCCUCGUUGGGUAAAACCUCUAAAAUUAAGUUUUGUCCAUUUCAGCACCAACAAACAUGACCACUUCUUCAUUUUCCGUUCAGCUUCCUGAAUUGAAACUUCUCCAACCCAUCUCUUUUUUUCCCCCCCUUCUUGUUUAAAUAAUUUUCAUUUCUCAAAGUCUUUUUUUUUGUUGUUAUUUGAAAUGUAAAAAAAAGGGCAUUUACUUAUUUUUUUUUAACCAGCAUUUACUGGUGUUGCACUUUUUGUUUUUGCACAUUAACUCGCAUCUAUAGCAAGGUCAGGUAAUGCAGGAUUGUAUCCGAGCUUCAGGAACAAGAACGAGAGCACAUAUCAAAGCUACACUGGAUGAAAAGAUGAAAGGGACGACAUGGAGUAAGGGUUUUUUUUUUUGUUGUUGUUGGUGAGGAUGUUUGCUUGGUGCCUCUGUCUCUGCGCAGAAGGGCGUAGUUAAACUCUGGCCUACCAACCAGCAGUUCGCCCGCCGUCUCACCUGACACGAGAGCAGAAACGGAGGUCCCUGCGAUAAUUUAAUCUCCGAUCACAGGUCAGGAAACCUGCUGGUCAGGGAGUGCUUAAAGAACUCAUCGUAGGAUAUAAACCGUGCAUCUAUGCAUUCAUUAGGAGAUGGGGGGGGGAAAAGUGCUGCUUUUUCAUAUGGAAGAACAUCAGAUCAAACAUUUUCACCCCAGUGGGUAAUUUUCAGAAGUAUAUUAUUAUGGAUUAUGUGUUUAUCAUUUAAAAAAAAUGUACAUAUUAGUUUGCAGCUCUUUGCACAUAUUAAUAAAAGGUUCAACUAACUGAUCAAGUGAAGUCUGUGUGGUUUAGUUGUUCUGCUCAUAGUGAACCAAAUGAAGAUUUGGCAGCCUGAACUGAGAGAGAGAGAGAGAGUUGAAUGUAGGAUUUAGGGUGUUUGGUUUUUGUCGUUUUCCACCAUUUCUUUAAAAGGGACCUAAGAUGUGACCCACUGCACCUUUUUUUUUUUUUCUCAUGGAGGCGAGUUACAUUAGUGCUUCCUCUUUACCAGAAAGCGGUUCACAAGUCUGCUUUCGUCUUUUGAAGAGAUAUUUGCUAACGACGCACGGUGGCCAGGUGUCUGAAAUCUUAAUAAAAGGUGAUUUUUAUUAGCUUAUUUAAUCUAAUAUCAGGGAAUAUAACACAUCGUAGCUAUAGACUAAAAUUAUGAUAGAACUCUUUAAUGUGACUUUUUUUUCUUUUUUCCGUUGAUGCCUUUCAAACAAAACUAGUCCUGAUCAUCAGCCCCCCUCUGACAGUAUCUUUGGGAUUCGUGCAUUAAGAAGAAUAAAAGGAGCAAGACCUGAACAUUUUACUGCUGUACAUUAUUUGUCAGACUGGUUUCAUUUUCAUACUUAUUUUGUAAAUAUCUAUGUUGUACGGAGCUUGAACUAAACUGUAAAUAUGUUUACUGUAUUUGUAAUAAUUAUAAUCCAUCCGCUGUAUAGCAUAGAUGUGUCAUGCAGAUAUCCUAACUCUGUGUAUGGUAAUCUUGCACCACUGAACUGUUUAGUGAAUGAGACAACAAUAAAAAACGAAAAAUGCAAACUGCAUUAGCAGAAUGUGUGAUGCCUGCUUUGAUUUUUUUUUCUCUUUGUCAAGUUAUUUGAACUGCACAGCUAACAAACGUAACACAAGAACCAAUUAUGAAACGAGCAACAAACACUAUUUUGUCAAAUGCCGUCAUUAAAAUAAAGAAAACGUCUUCAUUC